AUGGCGGCAGCAGAAACUUUGGGAACCGUAGACUAUAUCGUACUUUGUAUUAUGUUGGGUAUCUCUCUCGGAAUUGGCAUCUUCUUCGCUAUCCGUGAAAAGGACACAAAGGAAGGUUACCUGCUGGGAAACAGACAGAUGGGUGUCUUCUCUGUGGCCGUAUCCAUGUUUGUGACCUUGGCGUCAGCCAUUUCGCUACUCGGUGUUCCUGUUGAGAUCUAUACGUUUGGCUCAAUGGCGAUGUAUCAGUAUGUAGCGAUGGCAUCGGUAUAUAUUGUUGGGAUGUAUACCUGUCUGCCGCUCAUGUAUCCACUCGGGAUCACCAGCGUUUACGAGGCUGCCUACAUGGCCAUUGCCCUACUGUCACCGGCGCUGGCACUCCAGACAGUGGCUGGUCUUCCGUUAUGGUGGUCCAUAGUGAUUGUUGGUCUCGUCGGCACGAUCUACACCUCCAUAGGUGGCAUCAAGAGUGUGGUGUGGACAGACGUGUUCCAGUCAUUCAUUAUGCUGGCAGGAAUCGUCACCUCAAUAGUUCUUGGAGUGGUGAGAUCUGGAGGUGUACUGAAUGUCCUCAGAAUCGCAACCCAGGAAAGACGACUGGAGCUUGACGAAAUUAAUCCAGAUCCACGAGUACGCCAUACACUAUGGGGUCUUUUGAUUGGUGCUUUCUUCAACUGGUUCGUCAAUCUAUUCACUCAAUCAGUGGGACAAAGAACCUUUGCAAUCAAAUCGCUGAAAGGUGCAAAAAUGUGCUACCUUCUGAAUACCAUUUUCAUGGUACUCUAUGGCUUGUUACUAUGGGCAACAGGAUUAGUUUUGUUUGGGUUUUUCUAUACACAGGGAUGUGAUCCUUAUGAAGAUGGAGACGUGACAAACCGCAACCAGUUGAUGCCGUACUAUGUGAUGCAAAUAUUGUCAACCUUCCCCGGAGCUACCGGUUUGUACAUGUCAACAUUGUUCAGUGGCGCUCUCAGCACCGUAUCAUCUGGAAUAAACGCUUUGGCUGCCAACACUGUAGAAGAUGUCCUUGGCCCAUCCCUUCGGAGGAUUAGAUCUGAGAGACUCGUCACGAUCGUAGCUAAAGUAUCAGUAUGUUUCUUCGGCCUCUUGGCCAUCGGUCUGGCCUAUGCUGCUAAAUCCCUACAAGGACCUGUCACUCAGAUGGCUAUGUCAGCAUUCGGAGCUUGCGGUGGGCCGGUCAUGGGCAUGUUUCUUCUGGGAGCUCUGGUGCCGUGGAGUAACAAAAUAGGUGCAUUUUCCGGGGGCCUGAUAUCCUUGAUAUUGAAUGUUUGGAUGAGCAUCUCCGCAAACAUCUACGGCGCGAGGCCUACCACUCUACCCCCGGCACCAAUGUUUGCAUGCCAAGAAGAUGUCUGGAACAGCACAACAACGUAUUCAAACGCCAGUUCCAUGUAUGAAGUAACCACGGUGCCAACAGAAAGGAGCUUGGCCACAGAGCCAUUCAACUUCAGUGACGUGUCCUAUUGCUGGUACGGCUUGGCGGGGACUUUGACUGCCAUGCUUUUGGGAUGUUUAAUAUCUUUGAUUACAGGGCGAACGGACCCAAUGACCCUUGACCCGGACCUAGUAUUCCCGUUUGUGAGGAAGAUGUGCAAACUGAGGCCACCCUUGACCACAGACGACAGUCUGGUCUCCACGGCGGAAUACAAAGCAAUGACAGUAAGAAACAGUCGUAACAUCAAUGUCAAGUUUUAG